GCAUGGACGCGGAAUCCCUGGCCGGGGAUGAGUGUCCGGAAGAAGACGAGGAGGAGCUGGAGGCCGGCCUGGAAGACCCUGAGCAGGACAGCGUGGGGAAGGCGAUCCCGGGCGAGCGCGGCUGCUGCAUCCUGACCCGCCGGGGAAUCACGCUACGGGUCCUUCUGAAGGACGGGCUUAUCGAGCCGGGAGAAGGAGUCCUCUCUAUUUACUAUUUGGGAAAGAAAUUCUGGGGCGACCUGCUGACUGAUGGGAAAAUCGCUUGGCAACAGACCGGGCAGAUCUUCAACUCCCCCAGCGCCUGGGCAACAUAUUGCAAGAAGCUGGUCAACCCCGCCAAGAAGUCCGGCUGCGGCUGGGCCUCGGUCAAGUACAAGGGGCAGAAGCUUGACCAAUAUAAGGCAGUCUGGCUGAAGAAGCACCAACCGAACGCUCCUCCUGCAGAGGAGAGUUUGAUGAGUGAAGUGGAGGAAGAUGAACUGGGCGAGGAGGAGGAGGAGGACGCCAGAGGGAUGAAAGCAGCCUUGUCUGACUCCGUGCUGGCCAAGAAGCUGGACGAGAAAAGCAGGAAGCCACUAGCUAAAAGUCUCGCGGAUUUGCACAGCGCGGAUAACAGCAAGAGGCUGGAUUGCCGGAACCGAGUCCCUGUCCGCUAUUGCAAUCUGGGGAGUCGAGAUUCUGUCAGGAACCCACAUACCUUGGUGGAGGUGACGUCUUUCGCAGCCCUCAACAAAUUCCAACCUUUCAACGUGGCCAUCUCCAGCAACGUUCUCCUGCUCGUGGAUUUCCACAGUCACUUGACAAAAAGUGAAGUGGUUGGUUACCUGGGAGGCCAGUGGAAUAUCAACAGCCAAUUGCUGACAGUGCUGAGGGCGUUCCCUUGCCGGUCCCGACUUGGAGAUGGAGAAUUGGCAGCUAUUGUGGAGGAAGAGAUCUGCCAAAAUCUCUUCCUGCGGGGACUGUCCCUGGUGGGUUGGUAUCACAGCCACCCAUUUAGCCACCCUCUGCCCUCCUUACAAGACAUCGACAUGCAGAUGGAUUACCAGCUGAAGCUUCAGGGGACCAGCAACAGCUUCCAGCCUUGCCUGGCACUCAUUUGUGGUCCUUACUACCACGGCAACCAGGGUCUAGAGUCGAAGAUCACCCCAUUCUGGGUUAUGCCCCCUCCCGAGCAAAGACCUUACGAUUACGGCAUCCCCAUGGAGGUCGAAGUCACCUACAUCCAGGAUGGAUUUUUAACUAAUGAUGUUCUCCAUGAAAUGAUGGUCCUGGUGGAUUUCUACAAAGGGGCACCUGACAUGGUAAAGUUCCAGGACCCGUGGAGUCAGGAACAGACUUACCUAGAUAAGCUCAAGGGCUCCCUGGCCUCCAGGACACCCAAGGACCAAGGCUUUGGACAUAUACUGGAGCAAGUGUACGCCGCCCUCCGACACAGCAGCUGACGAAGCAGCUUUUCUAAGGGGUCUGGGCUUGAGUUGAAGACAGAAAUGUGUUGGGAUUGACCCAGGAUGCAAA